AUGGAUGCUGAUUCGCUUAUAGAUUUCACCCCCGACGUCUCAUGCCGAGGAUGGACGUGCAACGUUUGCAUCCCAAGACGCACCAAUCAAUUCUACUUCACAACCAUGCAAGCUGCAAUACGGCACGAAAAAACGUUCCCUGAGCACGCCCAGCACGUCUCUGAAGCCGAGUGGUGGAAGCCGAAAGACGAUGGCGCCUGGGGAACCCCCGAGCUGCCUCCGCUAACUUCCGAGGGCCUGCGCACAUGGGAGAUGCAGACGCACGUGGAUCAUGUGUUUGAUCUGGUACCAUUCUGGAUCCGUGGAGUUGAUGCUGCGGAGAGGGGCGAAGUGCUGAAAUUGGAAGAGUUUUUGCAGAUGAUGGAGGCUGAUGGAGGAUGGCGAACUUCAGAUGAGGUGUGGGGGAUGUUGGGAGCUUGGAGAAAGCCGAAUCUUGCAGGGGAGAAUGAUGGGUGGGGGUGUAUAGAUGAGGCCUCUGUUCCUAAGGCUGAUGGUACAGACUCGACAUCGGACGAUCAGGAUAAAGGCUGGGGCGUGAUAGAGGAGUGGGCGGUGCCGAGCAAUAGCUCUUCCUCCCUCCAUCGAAAAGAUUUUGUCGACACGCAUCCGUUUGUCGAUGAUAUCGCUCUUCAGCAAGCAGCUGAUGAAAAAAGGCGACGAAGGAUGCAUCACUUUUUUGAAAUGCCGACGGAACAGAAAGUACUGAAGAUUCAGGAAAUAAUCCGUUAUCUUCAUGCCCAUCCUGCCUAG